AUGCCGCAUCUCACAGCAUCCCCUGCAAUGCUCACAGCAUCCCCACUGCACAUGCAAGCCCACACAGGCAGUUUGGUUAAUGACUCCCUACUUGCUCCCCCCCUGCCUGCCAGGAGCUCCUCCUUGGCGCCCCUGCUCGCCCAGGCAGCGGCAGCGGCAGCGGCAGCACCUGUGGACGGGUGGCGAGGGGUGAAGGCGCCUCACGGUCCAGCUGGGGUUCAGGUGGCCCUUGAGGUGUUACUCCGGAGGCCCCUCACUCGCCAACACUCAAUGCAGCAGUACCAAGGCGCGUGGCAACUCAUAGGCGCAAGGAAGCACGUGGCGCGAGGCACCACCAAGGCCCCUCUGCACGCCUGCAAGCGAGAGCCAAGGCCUACAGCGCCCGCGCACGCGCCAUCAACAGAUAAGCUCACUGCCCUUGGGCUCUCACCCGCUCGCUGUCUGCUUUUGCAACCCCCAUCCGCCAUGCUGCCUGCCUUGCCAUUUCCUCGCCCCCCCACCUGCUGCCGUGUCAGCCGCCUCUCCAUGGGCCUCUCCCCCAAGUUGAGGAUCUCUGCUUCAAGCCUGUUCAAGGUGCAACAGCAAGGUGAAGAAGCAAGGCGCAGCAGCAAGGGGCAGCAAGGCACCUUCAACGCUCCACACAAAGAUAAGCCCACUCCCCUUGGUUUCAUACCCGCUCCUUUUCUCUUUCAGCCUGUGCUCAUGUUCCCUGCACUGUCAUCCCCCCAUCCGCCCUCCCCCUUGCUGUCAUGCCAACCACCCCUCCACAGAGUCUUCCCCCUUGGCUUCCUGCUUCAACCCUCUACUGGAGUCCAAGGUGCAGCAGGAAGGCACAGGAUCGAGCAAGGAGCAAGGCUCUCUGCUUCAAGCCUGUCUGCAGUCCAAGUCUCAGCAGCAAGGGGCAGCCGCAAGGGGCAGCAAGGCACCCUCAACGCUGCACACAAAGAUAAGCUCACACCCCUGGUUUCCAGUCCGCUCAGUCUCUCUUUCAGCUCGAGAUCUCGUUUGAAUACCAAUGUGCCCUGCACUGUCAUCCCUCCAUCAUGCCUCCCCCUUGCUGUCAUGCCAACCACCCCUCCACAGAGCCUCCCCCUUAGGUGA